AUGUCGUCGCCAACCCGUCAAACAACAGGAAUCCCAAAAAUUGAUGCUGAGGUGGCGGAAAUCCUCAAGCUCACUAAACGCACCCAGGAAAUAAAUCUGGAAGAUCGCUUUCCCGACUGUGACAUUAGAAGCGAGAACGGACAAGCUGUUACAGUCAAUAUUGUGGGCGCAGGAUGGCAUUUGGCUUCGCAAGCGAUGGCCAUUGCAGCCGCCGGCGCCAAGUCGUCCGCAUAUGACAUGAACAAAGACAAGAUUGGCCUGGGCCAAGUUGGGUCAACAAGACUAGAUGAUGUUUUCGGGCUUCUCGGUUGUAUAAAUGUUUGCGAAUUGAUGCCGAGAUUCACCCCAAAGCAACUAGAGAGAUUGCCAAGCAUCAUUACGAAGAUUACGAAAGACACAGACUAUGAAAACCUCAUGAAAAAGUCUGAUAGGGCUAAGCAAUUUUUGAAGGAGUGGGAAGGCGUCUUUGAGGACGGGGUAAAAGCAUACGCAUCCGACGACACAAUCCCAAAGGUAUCAAAACCGGAGGCUAUCGCCAUGAGAGAAAAGAUAGUCGGUCUGUUGGACGCGGCAGGUCUUCUACAGAUCACAAAUCAAGAGAUUACAAUGCGCGUGAUGGAACCAUGGCUGGCUGAGGAUAAGCCAGUUCUCAUGGUCACUGGGCAGCAAGUGAAUCUGAAGAAGCUGGGCCUAGAUCAUCUCGAUGGGACACCCGGAUUCUUGAAGGAAUUCCUGCUGCACAGCUCCGAGACGAAAAGACUCAUCGGCAUAAUCUCUAAAAUGCAGGAAAACUAUAAACGUGAGAAUGACACUCGCCCCAGUGUUGCAGUCAUUGGUGGUGGGAUGAGCGCGUUAAACUGUGCAAUGGAUCUACUGGAGAAAGUUGAGCCUAAGGAUCUUGAGCUUGUGUGGAUCAGCCCGGAAGAAAAGGGGUCUACCACUUCCGACUUCAUAAAGACGGCCCAGGACAUUAUGGAUUACAAAUACAUUCCGGGCUAUGUAUCGGAACUGGUGAUGUCCCAGAAGGAGAGAAGGAUUAAAUCGGUAAAAGUUAUUGGCUGGAGUCACGACAAAGCACAAGAUAUUAUUCAUUGUGAUCUUCUCAUCCACACAUGGAACCAAGCUUUGUCCGCUUGCACUGAGAAGAACACCGCGACAACCGACGCUUUUGAAAAGGCAACAGGUCUGAUCACAAAGUUGCUGGAUGAGGAAGACCCUGAAAAUGGAUUAGUGAGGGACAUCGGGAUCUUUCCAUAUGGGUCGUUGGGGGAGAUCACGCACCGUAUAGCGGAACCGUGGACAGCGGACCUCAAAGACGAUGAAGUGUUGAAGAAACAGAUCCAAAAGCUCGUCAAGCGUCAGGAUGUCGAAGAAGUUACCAUCGUUGUUACUGGUAGCGGUGCUUUAACCCGAGCCGCUCUGUUUCUGGCGCAGUCACUACAGUAUCGUGGGCGCUUUAUUCAAGUUGCUGUAAAGGGCCGAGAUUCUACGGUGGACCGUGGCAAGGAAAUGCAGGAGAAACUGAAAAAUAGAACUAACUGGGUUGAUAUCAAAGGACGAGUUGUACGAGACGGGACCAAGUUUGAAAAUGGAAAGUUCUCGCUUGGGGUUCACAAUGAGAAGGGCGAAAAGAUCCAGGGAGUACCGGUUGUCGAUGCAAUUAUAAACGGGGCAGGGAGAACCCCACGGAUUCCGCUUAUAGAGACGAUGUUAGAAAAAGGGUACAUCGGCGAGGAUGAAAACGGGGGAUUGUACUCCAACCACCCUACAUUGGCGGGGCACCCCCAUAUUUUUAAUGAAAAGCCGGGGGCAGGAGAAUUAUUACCGUCUACUUCGACAACGGUCCCACCCCUCUGGCCUAACGAUGAUGCAGCAGUACGCAGACUCCUUCCUCCUUAUGGAUGGGCGGAGGCCUUUGAAUUUGCCCGGGAGAUGAUGACUAAGUGA